AUGGCUGUGGUUUGGGGGCUUUCUCUCUCGGUGCUUCUUCUGUCCCUGCACACUCCGAGUCAAGCUUCUCCUUCCUGCCCUGUUCGCUGUCGCUGCUACAGCCUUACUGUGGAGUGUGGGUCCACUAGCCUUAGGGACGUUCCCAAACACAUUCCUCCAUCCACACAGACCAUCUUCCUCCAGGACAAUGUGAUUGGUCAGAUCCGUCGACAGGACCUCAUUCUGCUGCAGCACCUUCACUACUUGUACCUGCAGAACAACACCAUCUCGGCAGUGGAGCCUGGCUCUUUCCAGAACCAGGGUCAGUUGCUGGAGCUGGCUCUGAACGGGAACAGGGUCCACCUGGUGACAGCUGACAUGUUUCAGGGACUUGAACAUCUCCGCAUUCUUUACUUGGCAGGAAAUUACAUCACACGCCUACUGGACUACACCUUCCGUGGUUUACAACGCCUGCAGGAGCUCCAUUUGCAGCACAACAAUAUAGAGAUUUUAGCAGACCAAGCUCUAGUUGGUUUGACUUCUCUGGCUCUGCUGGAUCUGAGUAGGAACAAUCUCCACACCAUUGGCCCUGCGUCCCUGCGACCUCUGGUCAGCCUACAGGUGCUGCGCAUCACAGACAACCCAUGGCGCUGUGACUGUGCUCUCCACUGGCUUAGGAGCUGGAUUGAUGAGGAGGGCCAGCGGCUGCUCAGCUCUGCAGAACGUCGACUGGUCUGCACCGAGCCGCCGCGCCUCUCUCACCUCAGCCUGGUGGAGGUCCCCCUGAAUAGCUUGGUGUGUAUCCCUCCACUGGUGCAGCUGGAGCCCAGGAGGCUAGCUGUGCGCCUGGGAGAGAGCCUCAGGGUGUCUUGCCAUGCCUCUGGUUACCCACGGCCACAGGUGACCUGGAGGAAGGCGUCCCAGGGUAAAGUGGUACUUUCUCCCAGAGGCCUGGUUCAGGAGCUGGGUGCAGGAGGAGGUGGAAUUAAUGGAGGAGAGGAACCUUCAGAGGAAGGCAGAGUUGGUCUGCAGAAGACUGACGCCGAUCGCUUUGACCCCGACACUGGCAGUGGCAUGCUGUUUCUCAGUAAUGUGACAGUGGCUCAUGCAGGUUUCUAUGAAUGUGAAGCCUGGAACGCAGGGGGUGUGGCCAGGGUGACUUUUCAGCUCGCCAUCAACUCAUCCACUUCAUCUUCCUCCUCUUCUUCCUCCAUCUGGGCCUCAUGGUCGCAGGUGUCCUUGCCAUACUCACCCUCCUGGCCCAGGCUGAGGGGCCAAGGUCCUGCUAUGGGCUCAGAUGUUAGCCGGGAGCCCCUGUAUGCACUAGGCAGCAUGGCCUUCAGCGCUCUGGGAGCUGCCACUCAAACUGCUAUAGCUGUGGGCAUCUCCCUGCUGGCUCUGACCGCUCUGCUGCUGGUCGCCAUGAUCUACAGCCGACAUCGACAACGAGAGAAGGAAGCUGAUGGAGCUGAGAAGGAGGAGAGCAUCCUGUACGUUAAUGACUACUCUGAUGGCCCCACCACCUUUGCCCAGCUGGAGGAAUAUCGUGAUGAGCGCGGCCAUGAGAUGUACGUCCUCAACAGGUCCAAGCCUGUGCUACCUCCUGCUCCACCCACAGCUGUUUCCACCACUAACCUGGGUUGCCUCGCUCCAUCUGACACCUCCAGCCAGACCCUCUCCUCUGGGCCUUGCCAGACCAUGAGUCCCACUCUGGCCCCCAACAAAAAGCUGCAACAGCAGCAGGACGGGGACAUACGGACCAUGAGGAGGAUGGCGGGGGAGGGAGGGGAAGCCAAGCCUGUGAUCACAUCAGAGGCAGAAGGGAUGUAUCUUAAUCACACAGGCCUGUUCAUGGACUCACAGAUAGCCUAUGAGAUCCACUGCUGA